AGCUGGCUGCUUCAUAUCCCUGGCAGCCAGCCAGUGAGGCUCCACUCUCAUUAAACUGAGUGUACUGCUCCGACUACGGCGGAGAAAAUGUCGACAUUUCACCAAAUCUGAGUGGAAUUUUUACAAUGUAUGUGGACACAAAGGCUGAAGUAGUAUUUACUGGACUAAAUUAUAAGAACUGACAAAACAGAGACGAGCUGCAGGACGCGAUGAUGAACUCAGGCAUGGUCAAACCACCUGUGGCCCCAAAACCAAAGCUGACCCUGCCCCAGAGGCCCGGCCUGUCUCCCGCAACCCCCAGAAAAGACGGCCUUUCGCUCCCGUCACCUGGCACCCAGAGGAAGGUGAAACCAGUACUGGCCCCAAAACCCUGCCUCUCCAAACUCUCCCCUGCUGUGGAAUCUAAACCACCCGCUGCAAAGAGCCCACACCAAACAUCUGCAAGAGAAACCCCAGUGAGGACUGAGGGUCUUUUGAACUCUCAAAAUGGAAUACAGCAAGAAAUCAAGAAGCCAGAUUGGGAUUAUAUUAUUCCUAUUUGUCUGUGUAGCGAGGAAAACUGCUUGUGCGUUAGAAAAACAUCAGUCAACAAAGUGGAGAAGGACGUGACGGUGUUGCAAAAGGGUAAAACUGAAGAAAAACGAAAGCUCCUCACCUCAUCUCAAGGUUCUGUGGAUAACGGAGGAGAGAAAACAAACAAGUACCACGGGGUAAACGCAAACAUUAAACAGCUCAAAGAAGCAUUUACUUUGGACAAAAAUCUCAACAGAGACGUAAAUACAGUGACCCUCAGGCCAUCUCUUCCUCACAGAACCUGGAGCGAUGAGGCAAACGGUAACGUAAUACCUCAAAGUGCAGCUGGGCGAGGACCAGAGGAUGAUGCUCUUGGCUCUGGGCUAAUAUCAUGUGUGCCCCAGCCCAAAGCAAUCAUAGCCACCUCUAGGAAGCCCGUCCCUGUCCCUGUACCACGGAAACCAAGGCUGGCUGUGCUGACCCGUCAGGAAAAGGUGGAUGAGGAGAGGGAAGAGAGUCCGAGCCAGGAAGGGAGAGAUAUGAAGGUGUCAUCACCGUCGGUCGCUGAACCUGUUGAUAACAAGCAGGCAGUUUUUCUGUCUGCAAGAAGAGCCUGCACUGCCCCAGCCCCUCCGCCCAGGAAAAAACCUUUUCUGUCUGCACCUGAGAAAGCACCGACCUCUGCUCCUCAGAAGCCCCCAGAGGAUGUGGAGGAGGAAGACCUGGGUUGGGAUAGCAGCAUCCAGGAGAUGGAGGUAUCUGUCGACAAAGAGGAUGAAGAGGUGGAGACGGAGAAGGAAGACAUGCACGAUGAGGUGGCAGACUACACUCAUAGUUCGCUCCAUCAGGCAGUGCUCAGCCGCUCUUUGACCAUCAGUGUUUCAGCAGAGGAUGUAACAUCCAAAGUGGCUCCAAAGAAGCCAAAGAGACACAGCAGCCCGAUGGCAUGGAUGCAUAAGAAGGAAUCCUCGGAAGAAAAAGUAGAUGAGGAUGAGACAAGGCUGAUGCAUCCUCUACGGGAUCCUGGUUUGAAGGCGAGAUUAGCGAGGGAGCUUCCUCCAACUCCAGUCGAGGAAACGACCAGAAAGCUGAGAUCUCAAACCAUCAAACCUGCUCGGUCCAGCCUGGGCAAACAGAGAGCCAAGUCAUUCACUUCUGCUGACCUCCCCCGCUCAGAUGGACAAAAGAGGAACUCUUUCAGGAAACUGCUGGACUUGAAGCUCUCAGUGAAGAAGCUGAUAGUAAAGAGAGGCCAGAGCCCUACUGAACAAAGCGUGGAUAUAGACCAAGAGAGCUUCCAUGAGCAUCAUAGUGCUGAACGUAAAUACUCCUGCCCGCUGAUCGGAGUGGAGCAAUGUGUGGACGGAGAUGAGUUUUCUCCUGGAGCAGAACCAGGGGUUUACUAUGAGAAUGUGUCACACUAUGAGGAGAUACCAGACUACAUGAAUGUGGAAACGGCAGGGACAUCUCCUCGGGCCUCUUUGGCUCAGACUACAGCAGCCUGGCAGGGCUCUAUGUACAGUGACGAGGGCAUUUAUGAGGAGCAGGAGCCAUACAUGUCCUUUGAGAGAGACACAGGAGAGCAACAGUGUCUGAAAACAGCAGAAUAUGAGAGCUCUGUUGAUGAGGACGUGAACCCCCUGGAUGAAGGCCCAUCAGAUGAGGACAUCUUGGCCAACACUUCAGAUGAAGAGGACGAGGAAGACAGCAGCUCUGUCUCAAGUAAAGGAGACCCAGAGCAGCCAGGGGAGAACACGGCCCAGAGUGGACAGAAGAAGAGCAAGAUUCAGCACAUCGCCACAGAGAUAAUGAGCUCUGAGAGUGUGUUUGUUGAUGUCCUGAAGUUACUUCAUAUUGACUUUCGUGACGCGGUGUCCAGAGCGUCUCAACAGAGUGGGAAGGCCGUGAUUGAGGAGCGGCUUAUUAACCAGAUCCUGUACUACCUUCCACAGCUAUACGAGCUCAACCAGGACCUGCUCAGAGAGCUGCAGGAGAGAGUCGCCAAAUGGGAUGAGAAUGCCAAGCUGGCAGACAUUUUCCUGAAGAAAGGGCCCUAUCUGAAGAUGUACUCCACGUACAUCCGUGAGUUCGACAAGAAUGUGGCCUUACUGGAAGAGCAGAGUAAGAAGAACCAAGCAUUUGGCGCAGUGGUACGGGAAUUUGAGACCAGUCCACGCUGUGCUAACUUGGCUCUGAAGCAUUACCUCCUGAAGCCUGUUCAGAGGAUUCCUCAGUAUCAGCUGCUGCUCACAGAUUAUCUGAAGAAUCUGUCCGAAGACUCCGGCGAUUACAAAGACACACAAGCUGCUCUUGGGAUUGUGAAGGAAGUGGCCAAUCAUGCAAAUGAUAUCAUGAAACAAGGGGAUAACUUCCAGAAGCUGAUCCAGGUGCAGUGCAGUAUGAACGGACACCAUGAGAUAGUUCAGCCAGGGCGGAUCUUUCUUAAAGAGGGUGUCCUGAAGAAACUGUCCAGGAAGGUCAUGCAGCCCAGAAUGUUCUUCCUGUUUAACGACACCUUGCUGUACACCACUCCAGUUCAAUCGGGACAGUACAAGUUCAACAACAUGUUGUCUCUGGCUGGGAUGAAGGUUAGCAAACCAAACCAGGAGGCCUAUCAGAACGAGCUGAACAUAGAGAGUGUGGAGCGCUCCUUUAUCCUCUCAGCGAGUUCAGCCACAGAGCGUGAUGGAUGGCUUGAAGCCAUUUCAACAGCCAUCACCGACUACACCAGGAAGAAGAUCAGUUUUAUAUCUGGCAAGCCUCCAGAGGAGAUGGAGCUGAGGGACUAUGAUGAUGGUGCUCUGUUGGGAUCCAAAGCUCCCAUAUGGAUCCCUGACCCCCGGACCACUAUGUGUAUGAUCUGCACCUGUGAGUUCACCCUCACAUGGAGGCGACAUCACUGCAGAGCCUGCGGGAAGGUGGUGUGCCAGUCCUGUUCCUCCAACAAGCACUGUCUCGAAUACUUGAAGAACCAGCUGGCACGAGUGUGUGAUCAGUGUUUCCUUGCUCUUCAGGAGCAGAAAAGUGAGCAAGCCCUGUCAGCAGCUUGUUCCCCUGGAAGCAGAGCAACCUUUACCUUCAGCAGAAAGCAGAAAAAGAUACCUGCAGCCCUCAAAGAGGUGUCUGCGAACACAGACUCAUCCAUGAGUGGGUAUCUGCAGAGGUCAAAGGGCAAUAAGAAACAGGCUAAGAGGCUGUGGUUUGUUAUCAAAGACAAGGUCCUGUACACAUAUGCUGCGAGUGAGGAUGUUGCAGCUUUAGAGAGUCAGCCCCUGUUAGGAUUUCUGUUGAAAGAUGAUUCAUCACAGAAGUUGCAGUUUAAGCUUUACCACAAAAACACACUCUAUUACAUUUUUAAAGCUGAUGACGUCCAAACAGCACAGAGAUGGAUCGACAGAUUUAAAGAAGCCACUGUGCUCUGAUGUCAAUCUGCAGUGUGUGGAGCUGUUGAACACACUAUUUAUCCCCGGCUCUGAAAAUGUUUUACCUCAGUGCUCUCUGAAUUCUGAACAAAGCAUCAGGUGACACAUAAGUUGCACUGUAAUAACACCCAAAUGUAUAAUUAUAUAUAUUUUAUGAGCAUAAAGAUGUAACUUUCUACAUUUUAUCAAGAGCCCUCAUGUGAAGGUCAGAAUUACCUGAUGUUUUGUAUGUUUACAUCAAAUCUUUUCAAAUAUUUUUUUUUGCUAAACCCCCAAAAUAGUCUGUACUCAUUGUAGAUUUAGUUUUUGUCACAUUUUAUUUUGUUUUACAGUGACCUUAAAUUUUAUUAAGCACAUAUUAUAGGGUUAAACAAAAUAGUUUUUAAGAGUGUAAAAGACAUCAUAGGUGUUUGAUGUUGAUUGAGAUAAUUCCUUGAUUUAAUGCUUGAGGCUGGCUGUAGAUAACAAUGUGCACUCAUGAUGUUUGUUUAAGUCUUCACAUUUAAUUUAGCAGUUCAAUGACUCUAACCAAGAGAUUUAAUGGUGUUUCAGGGAAUUUUCCAUUUGAACCAAACUUUACUCUUAUUUUUUGCACUUAAGUAACUUAAAUUGCUGUUGAUGGAUUGUCACAACAUACAUCAUCUGUAAAUAUAAAUCACUGUAAAUGCUGUUUAGUAAGUUUCCAUGAAUGUCAGUUUUACUGUUUAACUUUAAUCACCGAAAUAAAUGUUUGUUAUACUCUG